CACUGCCACUAUGAUCAUCAUACCUGCCUACAUACACCUUUCUCUAUCUCUAUAAAAUUCAUUUCAUUUCUGUACAUCACCCCACUUAGACAAAUCAACCCUACAUCAUCCUAAUCUCCUUUUCAAGGGGAUUUUGCAUUCAUCAUUUCAUUUCAUUCAAACUUACUAUGAGGAAGCCUGCUGAUCCUGCAGCUAAGACUAACGGAAAUGGCGGUGGUAGUGGUGGUGGUAAUAAUGGCGGUGCCAAGCUUCGGAAGGGGUUGUGGUCACCGGAAGAAGAUGAUAAAUUGAUUAACUAUAUGCUUACUAAUGGGCAGGGGUGUUGGAGUGAUGUUGCGAGGAAUGCUGGGUUGCAGAGGUGUGGUAAGAGUUGCCGUCUCCGGUGGAUCAAUUAUCUGCGUCCUGACCUUAAGCGUGGAGCUUUUUCUCCUCAAGAAGAAGAGCUUAUCAUUCAUUUGCACUCUCUUCUUGGUAAUAGGUGGUCUCAAAUUGCGGCUCGUUUGCCUGGAAGAACUGACAAUGAAAUAAAGAAUUUCUGGAAUUCAACUGUGAAGAAAAGACUAAAGAACUCCUCAAACUCUUCAUCACCCAAUGCAAGUGAUUCAUCAUUGUCUACUGAGCCAAGAGAUCAUGGGAUGAUGACAGGAUUUAUGGCCAUGCAAGAUCCCAGCUGCAUCAUGGCCAUGUAUGUGAAUAACAAUACUACAUCAUCACCAACAUCAUCAUCCAUGCAAUCCAUGGCUCAUCCUCUAACUCAUCAUCAUCAUCACAUUGGUAUCAUGGAUCCAUGCAUGUCUAACAUGGUAAAUCGCAUUACUUCUACUAAUACUAACACUACUACUAAUGCUCUAGACAUGCCUUCUGGUUAUGGUAAUAAUGGGUUUGUGGAUGCAACUUCAUGCAUGAGCAUGACAACUUUGAAUGGCAUGGCUAAUGUUGAUAAUGAUCAUGGAUUGAUGUGUGGGAGUUAUGGGAUGUUGGGUGGUCAUAGUUAUAAUUAUGGGUUAUUACAUGGAGAGCUUUCCAUUCCUUCUUUGGAAACCAUAAGCAUCGAAGAAAAUAACACUCAUAUUUCUCAAAAUAUUGUUUUUGAUAAAAACACUAGCCACAACAACACCAAUCAUUUUAACAACACCAACACCAACAAUCAGUUUGAUCAUAACAAUACACACAUUACCAACACUCCUCUAAACAACUCCAUAACUAGCUCUAAGAAAUUCGAGGCUGUGGUUUGUGGGGUUGGAAAUACUUGGAAAGAUGCCGGAGGAGAGCAACUAAGGGUGGCCGGAGAAUGGGAGGAUCCCGGAGGAGAAAUGGCCGGGGAAUGGGAUGAUUUGGAGGAAUUAAUGAAUAGUGUUUCUUCAUUUCCCUUUACUGAUUACCAAGUUGAAUAACCCUCGUUUUUAAUUUCGACCUGAAAAUUUUACACUCAUAAGCCUCAUAGUAUAUAAUUGUGCUCUUGUAAUUAGGUCAUUGUUAAGAUGGAAGAUUUAUCAUUAUCAUUAAAGAUUAUAUUAAUUAAUAAAAUCACCCACACAAAAGUAAAAGGCUUAUAGCUAGAUGAAUACACAAUAUAUACUUGUUAUAUACUCCACUUAAUUCUAUGUAAACUUUACAUGUAAGUUUACAAUAAUGUUUCCUAUAAUUGUGAAGGAGAUAUGUGAAUAGUCAUAAAGCUAUACAAUUUUUUUUAAUUUUUUUUAUUUAGGGUAGUUGGUAGGAACCCUAGUCAUGUAAGAAAAUGAUUUUGUACAAAAUUCAAAAUAUAUGCUUGUUGAAGAUGGAAGUUUGUUAUUAGUGGGAUGCAUGUUGAUUGUAAUACACACAUUGAUGUGAAUGAAGACUCUUUGUUUUUCUCAUUA